UUGGUGUUUCAUGUAUUUUUCAUUCCCGUACACAGGAGGGCAAUUGUUUCACGCUUCACAUCGGUCAAUCACUUGUGCUGCGACCCCGGCUAGAAGCGGUGGCGAAAAACGCGGCCAAUAUCACGUGUUGCACAUGCGGAUGAAUAUGCGCAACAGUAACGCCGCCGCCGCCGCUGUCGUCCUCGUGGUCGUCGUCGCCGCACCCUUUGUGGUGUCAUGAGGGUCUGCACGCGCAUGGCGUUGGUUUUUCUUCGGGUCGAAACGAGCCGCUUAUUGCAGUGAGAAUCCAUACCGAUGCAAACAAAUUUGUACUGACCAGGAAGCGCAGAUACAACCGCAACCCUGUGUUGGGUGGAUGAAGAGCCUUUAGAGGACGUCGUUGAAUUAUGCGUGACUCAGCUUCGGGACGGGGAACAUUAGCCUUUCUCACGUUGAUCAUGUCGUCCAUGUGUCUGGCAGGUUGGGAAGGUUGUGCAUUCGAUUGAAGAAAGUAGAUUAAAGCUGUAGACACAACAUGCUUCCACUGUAAGCCAAUCCUGUUGGCAGCAAUCGAACGCCAUUUCCGCUUUCCGAGCGGAUUAAACACUCUAACAAGAGAGACACAAAACAACACAGCCACGUCCCCCCGAUACAGAAGUAGUUGCCAAAAAGUAGCCCGAAUGACUAUUUUGGGAAUAUCCCGUGCAGCAGCAACGGCCGAAGCCGCUAGGUUAAGUUUAGGUUAAGAGAAAGGACGGUAGAAGACUUCUGGAAAGGCAUACAAUAAUUUUAUCUUUGCUGUAGAGACUGUAGAAAGGAAUUGUCCACGCUUCAGUGACUCCGAAUUCGCCAUAUUGCCGUGCAGUAGAGAAACAGCACCAUAACCAUAACAAUCCCAACGCCCAUGAUGCGGAAAACAUAUUUACCUUUCUACCACAAGCGCGUUAUGUUCUUUCUCGAUUAAAUCAAGCCUCCUUUCCAGUGACAAACAAUAUUAUUGUCCACUGGCGUGGACAAUAAUCUUCUACACGCCCUGCUGAUGACGUUGAUGACGAUCGUUAUGCUUUCGGGGGGUACACUUGAUCGCGGACGCACGUAAUUACGCGCAAAAUUAUCUCUACCGUCGGCCGCCCGUUCCGACACACUCAAGGGGUUGUUCCGAGGGAAGGUGGCAAAAAGAGGGGGCUAAUGGUUGGGUUGUAGGGUAGUGCGGCUUCUCAAACAGAGCGCGCGCUCGGCUUCUCGUGUGUGCGUACCGUCUUGUAAAGCAACACAGGCAUACAAUCACACAAACCACUACCACAACCACCACGCAUCGCGAUAAUCUCCCUCUCCGCCGCGGCCGUGGCCAAGCAUACAAACGCCGCCGUGUGGGCGAUGAUGGGUGGUGGGGAUGUAUGACACGACGACACGAACACACCGGCAAGCAAACGCGCUUAGUGUGCGGUCAGUGUUGACGGGUGGUUCGCGGUUCUGUGUCGGCCGUAGCUCCACUCAUUCGAAGAACGAUCGUAGACCGCGACGGAAGUGUCUUGACUAGUAUCAGUUCUCUCGGCCGGUUUCAUCCCCCCUGAGAGGGAGAAGAUAAGUGUUGUGUUCACUUCGCGGUAUCCUGGAGGGUGGUUAAUUGAACAGCAAAGUAAACUGUAAUUUGUUGUAAGAUUGCGCACGAUCGUUGCUCUUACACAAUGUGAACUAUUAACGAGAAGGUUGUGCCCUGAACAAUUAAGUUGCUGAGGUAAAAGUGAAAGAGACGCUAUAAUAUAUCCUCAUCUCGUGGUGUGUGGUGGGGCAUAAAAGCAUAGAAAAAGAGAACCCCCGUCAAUAGAGAAGAGUGAAGGCGCUUGCUUGUGCGAUUGUGUUUGUGAGAGCAAGAAACCCCAAAAUCAAAACAAAACCCUACCAAACCAUUAGAGAUUCUUGUCGCAAGGCGUCUUUCCGUACUACAGCGCUAGAAAGCGUAAGGCUUCACCGUCUUCAGCUUCGGUUACGUUUGAAACAAAGAAGAGAGUGCACUGGUGCAGAAGAGUCUAGAAGAAGGUGAGAAAGAGGUUCAACGAUCACCCGUACAGCGGAGGUUAAAGAAGCUUCUGUUUUACUCCUAUUCUCCCCUACAUACGUGUUGUGAAAUGUGUAAAUUUGCUCUACUUUUCUGUGCCGUGCUGCUUCUCAUCGUUGUGUAGAAGAGAGAGAGAGGGAGAGGGAGAGAGAGAGCAUCGUUAUCAGAUAGUACACACGGAAGUCUUCGAACGUGGAAGUUACGCUCUCGCAAAGCACUCAGGAAUACUGCUUCUACUUAGGACCGAAACACAAUUGAUCUUUCGGACAAACGUGAUUAACACCGAUCACACCUUCAAGUUCCUCUUGUGACAUACAAAGAAGAAGAAAAAGCCUCAACAUGAAUAGCAUAGUGAAUUUGUUCAGUAAUUUUAAGGAGUUCUACAGCGAAAUCAACGGUGCCACACUGACCGGUGCCAUCGACGUGGUGGUGGUAGAGCAGCCGGACGGUUCGUUCGUAAGCUCGCCGUUUCACGUGCGCUUCGGCAAGCUGGGCGUGCUGCGGAGCCGCGAGAAGGUGGUCGACAUAGAGGUGAACGGCGAGCCGGUCGAUCUGCAGAUGAAGCUGGGCGAGUCGGGCGAAGCGUUCUUCGUGGAGGAAUGCGCCGAAGAUGACAGUGAAGUGCCGGCGCACAUGGCCACCUCCCCCAUACCGAGCCACUCGUAUCUCAGCAACUACGAAGAGACGGUACAGCAGCGCAACGAUGGGCCCGGCGGGCCCAUCUUUAAGGCGCUGGAAGCGAACGAAGCAACAGGGGCGGCCGGCGGGCCCGGAGCGGCGUCCGUGGUGGGGCCCACCACCAUAGAGGUGGGCGAGGGAGGUGAGGUAAUGAAGAUGGUGUCGAGCCAAACGGGUGCCGGCGGUGAUGGUGAGGAAGAGCUGCUGCCCCGGUUGCGUCGCAACUCGGUCGACCUGUCGAACGAAAAUGCCGAGGUGGAGCGGGCGAAAUUCGAAAACCAAAGAUCCGAGUACAGCCACCGGCGGCACACGGACAAUCUUACCAACAGGCCGGACCUGUCGUUGACGAAGAAAGAGUACACCACGCAGAAGCUGCGCCAGGAGCUGAACGCCGCUGCCGAGGCUGCCGAGCAGGAGCAGAUCUUUCACAUGGAAGGGUUGGACGACGGUGGCCCGCUGGAGGGUGGUGUAGCCGGCGAGGAGCAGCAGGUGAUGCACGCUGGUGAGUGGAAGAACAGCACUCCGCUGCCGAGUGGCGCCGGCGACCAUCAGCUGGUGGAGGAUAAACAUUUCAAACCGAUCGAUGCGCAACCAACCACCGGCCAGGCGGCUGAGAUCGUUCCCAUGGUGAUGGCAACCGCACAGCCGUCCGGAGACGGCGGAGCGGCGGACUCCAAAUCGAAGAAGAAGCGCAGGAAGAAGUCGCUGAUGAAGAAGAAAAAUACUCAGCGCAAAAAUUCGGCCAGCAGCAGCUCGGGCGCUGGGUCGAACCAUUCCGACCCGAACGAGGGCACGGAGACGGACAGCUUGACCGCGUCGCAGGUGACGGUUUCGUCGGCCAGCGGUAGCUCCCUGCCGAAGGAAGACGCAGCUGACGGGGGGGAUGUCGAUCAGCAGGUGCCGGACGUGAGCAGUCCGCUCAAGAAGGAGGGCAACGACAGUCCGGCACUCGGCAGCACAGCCAUGACCUCUAGCCAUCAUGCCGAUCUGGAUAUUCACUUCUUCAGCGAUACGGACAUUGGUACGGGCGUCAGUCCGCAGCAGUCGCGCCCGUCCACGCCCAUCCAGAGCGAUACGGAGUUUGAGAUUUCACAGCGCGAGAAACCCGUCUCCGAGGAGGAGCGACUGAUGUACGGUAACUCGUGGAACUGGGGCGAACUGCCGACGCAGGUGGAGCCGAAGGCGGGCGAUGCGGAAGCGGGCAAACAGGCGCAGCACAACUCGAUGCUGACCGGGCUGAUGAGUCUGAUGAAGUACAACAACAAGAAGAAGCGCCAGAGCGUCCCGGACGGGAUGUAUCUGUCCGAUCUGGACAAGCUGACCGAGCCGGAGAUUGCUCAGCUAUACUUUCCGUCGUUCUCGAAGCUGAAGCAGCAGCAGCAGCAGCAUCAGGGCAAGCGUGGAAGCGGCGGCAGUGGCGACGAUGAAGACCGCGAGAGUGGCAACGGAACGUCGAUCCCUCAGAGUCCUACCUCGAUGGAAGAUGGUCCCGGUGGAAAGGAUUCCGACUUCGAGGAGCGGGAUCAGCUGCUCAAGAGCGGCGGUGCUGGUACGGUCGAUCGUUCGAUCGAUUCCUUCGCACUCUCGCUGUGUGGUGGACUGAGCGGUGCCGACGACAGUGCCACCGGACCGACCGACGAGCAGUUCGAGCGCCACCGGCUGCAGUACGACAAUGUGCUCUCCGAUCCGAGCGUGUUCAAGUCGCCCGAUCUGGUCGUGCGUAUCAACGGCAAGUACUACAGCUGGGAAGUAGCCUGCCCGCAGGUCAUGACCAUUCUUGCGUUCCGGUGCGGACUGCCGAAUGAGUUUCUGGCCAGCGCGACGAAGCCGAAGCCAGACGAUGGCUUGUCGGUGGCAGACAACAAGAAGGGCGAGGAGCAAUCGCUGCAACAGCAAACGCAGCCGCAACCAAUUCAGCAACCGCAGCCUGCUGGCGGCAGUUGGUGGCGCUGGCGUCGGUCGAAUGAGUCGAAGCCGCCUGCACCGGCCGGUACGCCGCAGACGCCCAUCACACCGACGGCAGCAGCGGAGGAGUCGCCCGAUGGUUUGGACAUGAAGACGUCCGCCGCAGUGGGCACGCAAACGUCGCGUUCGAACUCGCCCGACGAUGAAAGCCAUGAAGGAGGCAUGGACGCGACGGUGCCGACGUACAAGAAUGCAUCGAAAACGGAGGACGGCUACAAUGGUUCGCUGUCGUCGGAGGAUUCCGAGCUGGCGAUGGAAAAAUCCAUGUCGGCAGGUGGCAUGCUGAUCGACAACAGCAGCGAGAAGACGCUGUUCCUGCUCGGUUGCGGCGAAAAGUACCGGAAAACGCUGCGCCUGUCGUCGGAGCGCAUCAAGGAGCUGAACCUGCUGGAUGGUAUGAACGAGAUCGAGUUCAGCGUGACGACUGCCUACCAGGGAACGACCCGCUGCAAGUGCUAUCUGUUCAAGUGGAAGCACAACGACAAGGUGGUGAUCUCCGAUAUCGAUGGCACGAUCACCAAGUCGGACGUUCUCGGUCACAUUCUGCCAAUGGUAGGAAAAUCCUGGGACCAGAUCGGUGUGGCGCAGCUGUUCUCGAAGAUCGAGGAGAAUGGAUACAAAAUGCUGUACCUGUCGGCCCGUGCCAUCGGGCAGGCGAAGACGACCCGCGGCUAUCUGCAGUCGAUCCGCCAGGGUGAUGUGAAGCUGCCGGACGGGCCGCUGCUGCUCAAUCCGACCUCCCUCAUGUCGGCGUUCCAUCGUGAGGUGAUCGAGAAGAAGCCGGAGCAGUUCAAAAUCGCCUGUCUGAAUGACAUCCGCGACCUGUUCCCCGAACGGAACCCGUUCUACGCCGGAUACGGUAACAGAAUUAAUGAUGUUUGGGCGUACCGGGCCGUUGGUAUUCCGACGUCGAGAAUCUUCACCAUCAACCCGAAGGGAGAGCUAAAGCACGAGCUGACGCAAACAUUCCAAUCGACAUAUGCUGGCCAAUCGUUGAUGGUAAACGAUUACUUCCCACGGAUUGAACGCGAGUCUCCCGAGUCUGAGUUUUCAGACCGCGACGAGGACGACGACGACUACGACGAGGAUGAUGACGAUGACGACGAUGACUACGAGCCGCUGCAAUUUGCGAUCGAAACGAGCGGUGACGAGCAGCAGCAGCCGCACCAGCAACAGGAGGAGCAACAUCUUCAAAAGCCAACAAUAAGAAUAAAGCGCUCACCCAAGUCAGGCUUUGCUGACUAUCGUCCAACAGACUGCGACGUGAUUAUCUUGUAAGAGUAAGGAUUAGCCCUCUACUUUACGUUAGCGUUACGCGUAACGCCUAUUUAUCUCAAACCCAAUGUUCUUGGGAACGCUUCUCCAAUGUAACGUAAUGGGCUGAUCCUUACUUUUACCAACGGUGUAUCCGUCAUGUCGCAUAGCUCUCUAGAGAAUAGCUCCUAACACUCCUCGCCCAGCCGAUGGAGUUCACUACAGUGCUCUCUAUUUUUCUAUAAAAUAUGCAAAAAUGUGUGCCAUCGCCCCAUGCCCCAUGGUUUAAAUGAUCCAUACACAAACAAUUCCGUCCCCAUUCCGUGCAACACGGGAAUGUGAAUAUGGUUUGCUAGUCAGAGGGCAUGAAACAGUGGUGCCAGUCAAAAUGAUCAUCACCAAACCCACCCCCCUCAGUGUAGAGAGCUUUCAGCAAACCAUUCCGGACAUCGAAACCACCGGGGUAAGCAUUGUGUCGACUAGAGGAUGGAGAGGAGGAGGAGGAGGAAAGUGCUGGUAUCCUAACACUUAUCUGUAAGGAGGCUACUUCAUUAUACCCCUCAGCAGCAACACCAUCCCAUCAUUGCUUCAUGGUUGUGUAACAAACUCUGCUACUACUUACCUUUCUCUGCUACUCGCCGUACACGCGAUAUCGAGGUGCUAUCGAGUGUGUACGAUCGUCUGGCUAUAUCAUCCCCUGCCGUAUGAAAACUCUCACUCUCUUUCUCUCGCAAAUAUCAUCGUUUUCAUCGUUCCUCCUAGUGCAUAUAAGAAUCCUAUAUUUACCCGGGUGUAUGUGGUGCUUUUUUAUGUGCUUUCGCAUGUGUUGUGUUGUGUCGUAUCUGUUUAAGGUUGUUCCCAAACUAAUGCUCCGAAUGAAUGUGAUCGUAAAGGUGUGAUAACAGACGAUCACUAGUGCUCACUAAGUCUUGGUGGAACAUAAAUAAUAAUCAUUUAGUUUUAGUGCCAAACGUAUGGAAGAGGGGUAGUAACUAAUUGGUGUUUUUCCUUCUACUUCUUCUGCUCUUUACAGCUACGCCAACAUGGCAUACAUCGUGGACCAGCUGUACCCGCCGAUCAAGCACAUCGAAGAGGAAGACAAUGAGUACACCAGCUUCAACUACUGGCGCGAGCCGGUUCCCGAGAUUGACUUCAAUGCUUGUGACAUAUCCGGUUCCUCGUUGUCAUCGUCGGGUGCUGCAGCUGCUUCCGCCACCACCACCACCUACCCAGCACCUACCGGUGGCAAGAUCACCCCGACGGCAACGCUGAUUCAGCAAGCAUUGCCAACCAUUCCCGAGAACUGAACCACCACCACCACCACCAGUGGAGACGGAGGAGAGCGAGAGCAGCACAGACAUAACCAAAUCCCUCAAUAUGGGGAAUGAAAUGACAAAACAAAAGAACUACAGGAAAAGACGGUUACAACACACACCUUUCUACAUCCCCAACAGAAGUAAUAGACACAGUAAUAGACAAGGACAGAGAAGAAAAGAGAGAACAAGCUAAGCUAAGAAAGAAACCAAUGAUUGGUACAAUAAUACUAAUAAUAAUAAUAGUAAUUGAUAAUUAUAAUAAUAUUCAUACACAAGUUUACCCCGUAAGCUUUUGAACGCGAGUGCGCUUUGAAGUGGUCAUGGUCUCUUCUGUUCGCGUUGCUUCCAUUUCGCUUUUGGUUGGAUUGCUUAAUUUGUGGCUGAAGAGCAAAAACGAAAACAGCGAUUUAUAAUCCAAAGGAAUUGUAUAAGCAUCAUUAGUCUUAAACAGAGGCGCAGGCUUGAGCAGGUGCAGAUGAUGAUAGAACUAGCCAAGAAAGGCAAGAAUACUAGUAUGCAAAGCAUCAGGAACAGGGCAGGAGGGACAGGUGUGAAGGGAGCGAAGCGCGAGUUAGCUGUGAUCGAAAGGUAGUGAUAGAACUGAACAACACACAGAGCGGAAGGUCCUACCAGGAUGUGCUAAGAUGGAUGUAUGGAGGACGGGAGGAAUUUAGUUUAGUAACACAGAUUGUACCAUUAUUGUACUCAUCGUUUCCACCGGCACCGGGAAGCGAGCCACACAGAGAGAAAGAGAGAGAGAUAAUGUAGGACACAGAGGGACAACAGUGGAGAGAACGAUCAACAGCUUCUAGAUAGAGAAAGUUGAAAUCGUCCCCGCUGUGAAGUGGAAAGUGUCCUCUAUCCUCUGUACGGAGGAAAGUGUGGGUUGGGGUAGCAAAGCAAACAAAAGUAUGUGAUAAUUUUUUCUAUUUAUUUUGCUCUUUUGUUUUUUUAGCAUUUCUUAGCGAGUUUCUUUAUUAUUAUUUUUUAAACUCUAAAUAGUAUCUAAUUUAUCGCUUAAAGAAUGUUUACGAGCGCAAGAGUGUGUGAAGCGUUGAACCGCGAACGACGAAUGCAUUAGAGGAGGAAACGGAAGCAGAAAAAGACAGAUCGACAUCACAAGACUGUGGGUGGGUGUGUGUGUGUGUGUCGUAGAAGCAGAAAGAGAGGAAGAAACGGAUCGGUAUUUAGAAGAACACUGCUGCUUCGUAGCGAGCGAGCAAAUUUCAGCUCGUUGUGACCGUUUUUAGUUCCGUUGGUUUUAUUUCAAAGUUUUUCGUUACCUUUACUUUUAGGAAUAAAAAAUAUACUGAUGUGAUUGGGUUGGAUUAAAGCAAGGAUCCGCCUGCACAAAGCGAAUUUAUUUUUUCUUUUCUUAUGCGAAUUGUUGAUUUGCUGUAAUUGCCGUACCGUGAAUGAUUAUUGUGAGUACCACAGUGUGUAAGGUGUAAUCGUUGCUUGCAAGCGCGUGCGAGUGAUUUGAACAAGCUACAAUGCAAAUAAAUCAUAUCCAUCAUGA